ACCUAAACAACCCAGAGGAAUAACCCACUUCCAGACCAACCGACACCGCUCCUGUAGACCCCACAACCCCGAGACAACACAGACAGCUGGCACCCACGUUGGAGAAGCACCUGGAGGCAAACCCGCACCCCAAGAAUCAGGUACUCUGACAUAG